AGGUUGCUGAGCGUCGAGCAGGGGUUCGUCAUGUCUAACAUCAACGUCACUGAGCUGCAGUCGCUCCUGCUGUCCUUCCUGCAGCAAUGCCUGAACAGAACAAACGUGCUGUCUCCAGCGAUACCUCAGAACCACACCUCCCAGCAGGCUGUGCACUACGCGAAUGGAGCCAAGGCCCACGCUCAGUCUCAGGGAAUCGUGUACAUCAUUCUGGUGGUUGGCUUGUUCAGCUUCUUCACGUUCGGCAUCAUGCUCAGCUUCAUCCGCUCCAAGAAGCUAGAGAGCUCUCAUGACCCGUACCACCAGUACAUCGCCCGGGACUGGACCAAGGUCACGACUCCUUCCAGGGCCGUCGCUCAGGCUCUGCACAGGGACGCUGCAGGAAACGGGCCCAGCAGCAAGGAGCCAGUCGUCAUCUGCAACCCUGCAACACUGGAUCAGCUGUCGGACUAG